AUGACAGAUCAGCAUCUGAAAGAAUUCGCAUGGGGGCUUGCAAAUAGCAAGCACCCAUUUUUGUGGAUUGUUAGGCCUGAUGUGGUCGAGGGAGACUCAGCUAUUUUACCCGAUGAAUUUUUUGAGGAGAUUAAGGAUAGGGGUUAUAUAGCAAGCUGGUGUCUACAGGACCAAGUGCUAGCUCAUCCAUCUGUUGGAGCUUUUUUAACACACUGUGGCUGGAACUCCACUAUUGAAAGUGUAUCCGAAGGCGUGCCUGUAAUUUGCUGGCCUUUCUUUGCUGAGCAACAAACGAAUUGUCGAUACGCAUGCACUGACUGGGAGAUUGGAAUGGAGGUGAGCCCCGAUGUGAAGCGUGACGAAAUUGAAGCACUUGUUAAGGAAAUGCUGGAAGGGGAAAAGGGGAUGAAGAUGAAGCAAAAGGCAAAAGAAUGGAAGAAAAAAGCUGUAGAAGCUACUGAUAUUGGAGGAUCAUCGUACAAUAAUUUUGAUAGAUUGAUUAAGUCUCUCCAUUAA